GAUCAAGGCACCCAGGAUCAAAAGAUCACCGCCUGCCCGCCCUCUCCGCACCUCCAACUGCCGGAGCCGAAGGACCCCAGUCCAGUCACCGACCCUGACCUGGUCAUGGCGUCCAGCUCCGGCCUGGCGUGAGGAACUCCCGACCCGUGCGAGGGAGCCCUCAGCCUGAGCCUGAGCCUGACACCCACUAGGCCCAAGGUGAGAGUACGUGCUCCAGUAUACCGAGUACCUGGCUGGGCCCUGGGCACGCACGGGGGCCGUAGCCCCACUGUGCGUGGGAGCCAUGAGGAUCCUGGCUAACAAGACAAGGUUGCCCCAUCCCAGGAGGAGAGAAGCUCCGGGGAGCCCGCCGCUGUCUCCCCGUGGCCACUGCCCCCCUGCCCCAGCAAAGCCAAUGCACCCAGAAAAUAAAUUGACCAAUCAUGGCAAGACAGGGAAUGGCGGGGCCCAAUCACAGCAUCAGAAUGUGAACCAAGGACCCACCUGCAACCUGGGCUCCAAGGGCGUGGGGGCGGGGAGCCAUGGGGCCAAGGCCAACCAGAUCUCACCCAGCAACUCAAGUCUGAAGACCCCCCAGGCAGGGGUGCCCCCUUUCAGCUCGCUCAAGGGCAAGGUGAAGCGGGAGCGCAGUGUGUCUGUGGACUCUGGAGAACAGCGGGAGGCUGGGACCCCAUCCCUGGAUUCCGAGGCCAAAGAGGUGGCACCCAGGAGUAAGCGGCGCUGCGUGCUGGAGCGGAAGCAGCCAUACAGCGGGGAUGAGUGGUGCUCCGGGCCGGACAGCGAGGAGGAUGAGAAGCCCGUGCCGGCCACCCACAACUGUAAUGUAGCAGACCCAGCCAUGGCGGCCCCGCAGCUGGGUCCUGGCCCAACUGCCCAGCUGCCCCUGAGCGAGAGCAGUGCCCCGGGGCCCCCACAUGGCCCUCCACCAGGCCUCCGGUCUGAUGUGCCCGGGGGUGGAGGCGGGGGUGUCCCUGGCAAACCACCAUCUCAGUUCGUAUAUGUCUUCACCACCCACCUGGCUAACACGGCUGCCGAGGCAGUAUUGCAGGGCCGGGCUGACUCUAUCCUCGCCUACCACCAGCAGAACGUGCCCCGGGCCAAGCUUGACCAGGCUCCCAAAGUGCCGCCCACCCCAGAGCCGCUCCCCCUGAGCACGCCAUCAUCAGGUACCCCGCAGUCUCAGCCGCCUCCACUGCCACCACCACCGCCACCGCCCCCAGCCCCAGGCAGCGCCCCACCUGCCCUGCCCUCUGAGGGACCCCCUGAAGACACCGGCCAGGACCUGGCCCCCAACUCGGUGGGAGCUGCCAGCACAGGCGGUGGGACCGGGGGCACCCACCCUAACACCCCGACAGCUGCCACCACCAACAGCUCUUUGCCUCCAGGAGGAGACCCCAGCAGUGCUGCCCCGGGGCCUGCCCUGCUUGGGGAGGUAGCCCCCUCCGGCAACGGGCAGCGCGGCCUGCUGGGCUCUGAGGGCUUGUCCAAAGAGCAGCUGGAGCACCGCGAGCGCUCCUUGCAGACGUUGCGGGACAUUGAGCGACUGCUGCUCCGCAGUGGGGAGACUGAGCCCUUCCUCAAGGGGCCGCCGGGAGGAACUGGGGAGGGUGGACCCCCUGCACAACCGCCUGCCCCCCAGCAGGCCCCGGCGGCCGCCCCCAGCGGGCUGAAGAAGUACGAGGAGCCCCUGCAGUCCAUGAUCUCCCAGACACAGAGCCUCGGUGGCCCCCCGCUGGAGCAUGAAGUGGCUGGACACCCCCCGAGUGGGGACAUGGGGCAGCAGAUGAACAUGAUGAUGCAGAGGCUGGGCCAGGACAGCCUGACCCCAGAGCAGGUGGCCUGGCGCAAGCUGCAGGAAGAAUACUAUGAAGAGAAGCGGCGGAAGGAAGAGCAGAUUGGGCUGCAUGGGGGCCGCCCCUUGCAGGACAUGAUGGGCAUGGGAGGCAUGAUGGUUAGGGGGCCCCCACCCCCCUACCACAGCAAACCCGGUGAUCAGUGGCCACCUGGAAUGGGCGCCCAGCUGCGGGGGCCUAUGGAUGUCCAGGAUCCCAUGCAGCUCCGAGGGGGACCUCCCUUUCCAGGUCCCCGUUUCCCAGGCAACCAGAUGCAGCGAGUACCUGGGUUUGGGGGCAUGCAGAGUAUGCCCAUGGAGGUGCCCAUGAAUGCCAUGCAGAGGCCGGUGAGGCCGGGCAUGGGUUGGACCGAAGACUUGCCCCCUAUGGGGGGGGGCAAUAACUUUGCCCAGAACACAGUGCCCUACCCAAGUGGGCAGGGGGAGGCGGAGCGGUUCAUGGCGCCUCGAGUCCGGGAGGAGCUGCUGCGACACCAGCUACUGGAGAAGAGGUCGAUGGGCAUGCAGCGGCCCUUGGGCAUGGCAGGCAGUGGCAUGGGGCAGAGCAUGGAGAUGGAGCGGAUGAUGCAGGCGCACCGGCAGAUGGACUCCACCAUGUUUCCUGGACAGAUGGCUGGCAGCGAGAGCCUGGCAGGCACUCCCAUGGGCAUGGAGUUUGGCGGGGGCCGGGGCCUCCUGAGCCCUCCCAUGGGACAGUCUGGGCUGAGGGAGGUGGACCCCCCAAUGGGGCCAGGCAACCUCAACAUGAAUAUGAAUGUGAAUAUGAACAUGAACAUGAACCUGAAUGUACAGAUGACCCCACAGCAGCAGAUGCUGAUGUCCCAGAAGAUGCGGGGUCCUGGGGACAUGAUGGGACCCCAGGGCCUCAGUCCUGAGGAGAUGGCCCGGGUCCGGGCCCAGAACAGUGGGAGCAUGAUGGGCGGGCCGCAGAAGAUGCUUAUGCCUUCCCAGUUCCCCGGCCAGGGUCAACAGGGCUUCUCAGGAGGCCAGGGACCCUACCAAGCCAUGCCCCAGGACAUGGGUAACACCCAAGACAUGUUCAGCCCUGACCAGAGCUCCAUGCCCAUGAGCAAUGUGGGCACCACCCGGCUCAGCCACAUGCCCUUGCCCCCAGCGUCCAACCCUCCCCCUGGGCCUGUGCAUUCUGCCCCAGGCCGGGGGCUGGGCAGGCGGCCUUCAGACCUCACCAUCAGUAUUAAUCAGAUGGGCUCGCCGGGCAUGGGACACCUGAAGUCGCCCACCCUUAGCCAGGUGCACUCGCCUCUUGUCACCUCGCCCUCCGCCAACCUCAAGUCACCCCAGACACCCUCGCAGAUGGUGCCCUUGCCUUCCGCCAAUCCACCAGGACCCCUCAAGUCGCCGCAGGUCCUCAGCUCCUCCCUUAGUGUCCGUUCACCCACCGGCUCACCCAGCAGGCUCAAGUCUCCUUCCAUGGCGGUGCCUUCUCCGGGCUGGGUCGCCUCGCCCAAGACAGCCAUGCCCAGCCCUGGUGUCUCCCAGAACAAGCAGCCGCCUCUCAACAUGAACUCUUCUACACCCCUGGGCAACAUGGAGCAGGGUGCUCUCCCACCUAGCGGCCCCCGAAACAGCUCCUCUGCGCCUCCUGCCAACCCUCCUCCCAGCAGCCUCAUGAACCCCAGCCUGCCAUUCACUUCCUCCCCAGACCCCACACCUUCCCAGAACCCCCUGUCGCUGAUGAUGUCCCAGAUGUCCAAAUAUGCCAUGCCCAGCUCCACCCCGCUCUACCACAACGCCAUCAAGACCAUCGCCACCUCUGACGACGAGCUGCUGCCCGAUCGGCCCCUGCUGCCCCCACCACCACCACCACAGGGCUCUGGGCCAGGAAUCAGCAAUAACCAGCCCAAUCAGAUGCACCUGAACUCGGCCGCAGCCCAGAGUCCCAUGGCCAUGAACCUGCCAGGCCAGCAGCCCCUGACCCAUGAGCCCCCACCUACCAUGUUGCCCUCCCCUACACCCCUGGGCUCAAACAUUCCACUGCACCCCAAUGCGCAAGGGACAACAGGGACCCCUCAAAACUCAAUGAUGAUGGCCCCAGGAGGCCCAGACUCUCUGAAUGCCCCCUGCGGCCCUGUGCCCAGCUCCUCCCAGAUGAUGCCCUUCCCCCCACGGCUACAGCAGCCACAUGGUGCCAUGGCCCCCACUGGAGGUGGGGGCGGGGGGCCUGGCCUGCAGCAGCACUACCCUUCAGGCAUGCCUCUGCCCCCAGAGGACCUGCCCAGCCAGCCUCCGGGCCCCAUGCCCUCCCAACAACACCUGAUGGGCAAAGGCAUGGCUGGGCGUGUGGGCGACGCCUACCCGCCAGGUGUACUCCCAGGGGUGGCAUCGGUGCUGAACGACCCCGAGCUGAGUGAGGUGAUCCGGCCCACCCCGACGGGGAUCCCCGAAUUCGACUUGUCGAGGAUCAUCCCCUCUGAGAAGCCAAGCAGCACCCUACAGUACUUUCCCAAGAGCGAGAACCAGCCCCCCAAGGCUCAGCCCCCCAAUCUGCAUCUCAUGAACCUGCAGAACAUGAUGGCGGAGCAGACCCCUUCUCGGCCCCCCAACCUUCCAGGCCAGCAGGGUGUCCAGCGGGGGCUCAACAUGUCCAUGUGCCACCCCGGACAGAUGUCCCUGCUGGGCAGGACAGCAGUGCCUCCGCAGCAGGGCAUGGUGCCCCAUGGCCUGCACCAGGGGGUCAUGUCCCCACCACAAGGCCUCAUGGCCCAGCAGAAUUUCAUGCUGAUGAAGCAGCGUGGCGUAGCGGGUGAGGUCUACAGCCAGCCCCCGCACAUGCUCUCCCCACAGGGCUCCCUCAUGGGCCCCCCACCCCAGCAGAACCUCAUGGUAUCCUCCCACCCCCUGCGGCAGCGCAGUGUGUCGCUGGACAGCCAGAUGGGCUACCUCCCGGCGCCGGGCGGCAUGGCCAACCUGCCCUUCUAGCGUUCUCCCAGGGGCGGGGAUAGAGUGGGGUGAGGGGGCGGAGCUGGGGCUUCCAAUAGGCCAAUCUGAAAAAAGUCUCUUCCCCUCCCAUGUUGGGAUGGCGGGGGUCCAGGGGUAGGGUGGAGAGUGUGGGAGGGGGCUUGUGUGGGGAGUGGCAUUUGUGGCAACCAGAUGUACUGGCAGUUGAAGCAGAAGUGGCUGUGCUGGGUGGGGGGAUUUGGGUCUGUGUUGGUUCCAUUUCAGCCACCAGGACUGCCCCUUCACCUCCCCCCAACUCCCAACCCCUAUGGAGUCUGUAUUUUUCCUCUUAAUCUGCAAGCCUGUCUUCCCCCUUCCCCUCAUUCUGCUAAACUUUGGAUCCUUAAGGGAGUGGGGGUCUGUCUUCCUGCUGUCUCCUGUCUUGGUUUAUCCUGCCCUACUAUGCCAUGCUCCUCCUUCUGUCUUUUCCUGCCUCAGAACACCCCCCCCCCCCGCCGUCCUCCCCACACCCACCGUCUGCUGACUGUCUGACCCCUCCUUUUCCACCCCUCCCUGCAGGCAGCUGGCCAGGUGGACAGGUGCCAGCCAGAGCUGUAAAUAGAGCGCUGGGCUUUUGUGCCGGUUUGUGCGUGUGCUGUAUUUCUGUGUUUUGAUAGAAGUCACACAAAAAAAGAGGAUAAAAGAAACCUUCCCCCCACCCUCUUCAGAUAUUUGCCCCUCCAUCUCCCAGGACCCAGGGGGACACAGUCCUACACACCAAUCCCCUGGUUGCCGUUGUCCACAAGAGAGUCCAUUCUUGUCCCCUCCUGGAACGGUGAAAUGACAUAGAUGCUCCACGCCCACCCUGAGGCCAGACCACCAAGGCUUCCAUCUGGUGAGCCCCCCAGCAGGGCCAAGACCUCCCAGUGGUGGCUGAGUGAUUCAGGGAGAGCAGGUGUGCACCUGCACAGCUGUCUGCCCACACCUGCGAUGUGGGGCCCUAGGUUCCCACUGUGGAGGUCAGUGCCCUUGCUGCUACAUCUUAGCCAGAACUUGAAACCCUUCAUCCCCAGGCAGGGAUGCAGGAAAAAGAAGGAGGCAAAAGCUGAGUAGAGCCAUGGAGGGGGUGGUGUCACUCCAUCCUCGUAGGUUCCACCGGGAGCCUAUGGCCAUAGUACCCCUGGCCAGUGCCCCGCCCUGCCCCACCCCACCCUGGACCCUGACUCUCCAGAACCUGCCAUUCCUUACCAAAGAAGGAAAGAGCUGGGCUCCGCUGAGUCAAUAGGCUGCGCUCCCCUCUUUCCCCCACUCCCGGGAAGACUGGGGAGUGUUGGCAGAGGGGAUGGGCACAGGGGCUGCCUCCACUCUGCCUCCUCCUCUCUGCCCGCCCAGCACUGACAGGUGCAGCCAAUGCUCCCCCCCUCAGCCUCCUGCUCUCCCCUGGAGAAGCAAGCGUUCACCCCAACCUCAGCCUGCCUCUGGUCGGAGCAGAAGCCAUACGCUCUGGGCUCCAGGAUUUCAAAAUUGUUUUCACUUCCUGUCCUGCCCUAUGAGGCAGAGGGGGUUGGGUGGGGGCUGUGGCCUCUGGUGCCCCACUCCCCAGCUGCUCCGGGGCCAAGAGCCCUUCUAGACAGGGUAGCUCCUCCCAGUGCCCCGCCCUAGCCUUCCCGGCAGCUGUGAUUACAAAGGGAAUUUUCCCCCACUCCUCCCAAUCUGGUGCUGUCCAAUUUAGUCCACCAUCAACCGGUCUCAAAACCCCCAGCACCUCUCAGGGGCCGUGGUUGGAGCCUCUGGGUUGGGGAGCCCUGCUACGGCCUGGGCCCCAUGCUGGGAGGCUCCACUUCUGUCCUAAGACUGCCCAAAGUGUCUAACUCUUGUUUCCUGCCCCGAGGAGAGAGAGCACAGACCAUCAAGGGCCCCAGCGCCUGCCCUGGUCCCCUCGGUUCUCCCUCCCGUGCCGCUAGCUUCCCAAGGUGAACACCACAGGCCAGCCUUCUUCCCUUCAUCCAUGGCCAUACCCCCAGCCAUUUUGUACCAUUAUAUAAAUAUAUAUAUAUAAAUAUAAAUAUAUAAAUACAAUAUGUGAAGACAUCUUCUUGGUUUUUAUUUUGAAACGAUUUUUAGGCUUGUUCUGGGGGUCUCUGUGCUGCCUGUACUGUAUUGACCUGUUUUAUAGGUGCCUUUUUAUUAAAAAGAAAACUUAAAAUCCA